AUGGAUGAUCAACAAGGAAGUGAUACGGAGACACCAGAGGCCGAGCCUGAGGCAGAAUACCUGAUCGAUAGUGAUAUGCCGGAUGCGUGGAGUACGGAGCUGCCGGAAGAUCCCCUGGAUGAUAUUUUUGACGAUACGGAAGACCGAAAGGAGGACCAGAACAAUCGAUCAAGCCGGUCGGGCAGUGUGAAUCACGAAGCUGAGAGGUUGGGGGAUUCCACGGAUAUUUUCGACUGCAUCUUCCUCGCAUACAAACGGCAGUUUAAAGGACAAUCUUCCGGGGCAUUCAUUGCAUGAUGGCAAAUCUCAGCACCCACUAUUGAAAGUUUUGUGUGCAAGUUGUGGAAUUUGGCGAAGGAUCAUUUGAACCGGGAGGUCACCUUCACCGUGCAAGCAGAUGGAUCAACCUGCCCAGUGUGGGGGGCGAAUGAAACACCCACUGAAGCAGAAUUUGACAAAUUUGUGUUGUUCCAGUCAGGCCGCCGACACUAUUCGUUGGAUAAACUAAAGGAGAGUAGCAGUCUGUUGCAGAGUUGGAGGGACAAGGAGAUUACGCUUCUCCUACACGUAUACUCUUUGUCCAUUAGCAAUCGCACGGUUUGGAACUCAGUCAAGGAGAGCCUCAUCAAUCCUUCCGAAAGAGAUCGCUCAGGAGCUGCAACAACGCAAGCUGUGGUCGAAUUAUCAGAUGAGUUAAGAUCAAAACACGGAGAUUAUCUCGAUGCACACGGUAUGGCAUGGUCGUUUUGGGCGAACUCCAUACUGAACGGUCCGGCUCAUUUGAGAGAGUCCCUUAAGGACCAUCCACCGCAGCAUCUGGCUCACCUCUUUCGCGCCAAGGAAGGAAAGCACGUUAACGCGAUUCUCAGAGAAUUAACGGUGGCUCAUAGUGUGAACAGCAGUUAUCAUGAAGAAGUUGUGGCGUUGCGGCAAAUUUUUGAUAUGUGUGAAUUAAACGUACGGAACUUGAACAACUCAAUGAAAAUGUUCAAAACUCGGUUGGAGGCAUUGGAGUUAAGGGACAAACUGAGUGAUUCAAUGAUGGGUGCUAUGAAAUCGACGGUUAAGGUACAAGACCAGCUAGGAGAAAAGUUGAAGGCACAAGUGAUUGAUUUGGAAGAUGUGGACCACAUGUAA